UUUCGAAAUUGCUUUUCAUAGGUUCAUCCGGCGCGGAGCCCAACACUUGGGGCCGGGGGAAUGAAAAUUCGCCGGAGCGAAGCAAAACCUUGCAACCAGACUGGCUUGAAAACUGACGCAGCUCAGAAAGGUUUUGGAGGCAAAAGGAAGAUCAUUCACAAGAGGGGCGAAAAAUGAAACCAAAGGACGGUCCAAUUAGAGCUAUAGGCCAGAGAUCCAUUACUUCUUCCUUCGUUUCCCCCUCUUCUUCAAACCGCCGGAACGAAAUCAGCACUCUGGAUUCCGAUGCCGCCGGCGAACUGAAGAAAGACGGUGCGGUGAGUUCUUCAAAGUUGUCGCUCUCAGAUUUCCUCAACAAGAAGCUGCACAAAACUGCCGUUGUUCGCUCCAGAUCACUGAAGGGUAAGUCCCAGCCUUUUCUAUCGCCGUUAGGUCGUAUAACCGAGAGCAGCGUUAGUGGGGGCUCGAAGGAUGACAAAGAAGAGAGGAACUCCUCGGUCGUAGUGGAGGAUGAAGUAGUGUUUCAGCUGUUUAAGAAGCCUGCUGUUGGUGAAAAGGGAAAUGAUGAUGCUGAUUCAUCGAGUAGAUUUGGCACAAUCGGGAAACCAACUGAUUCCAGCAAUUCGACUGGUUUAAGUUCAUCUGAACCAGAUUGCUCGCCCAUAACAGGGUUACAAACUUGUGAGCAUAUAAAGCAUGCUUCCGCUGUUCCUAAACUGCCUUUGGUGCUAGGGGAUGAUCAACAAGACAGAAACAGGGCAGCUGAAGAUAGAUUGAACAACAAGAAAAAGCGGAAAAAGGUCUACAACCAUUAUGCUAACGGCUCCGGUUGGUGGGACUGCGACAUGGAAGGUGUUGAUUCGGAGGAAGUAGGAUUUGGUGAGAUAUGGGAAGGUGUGGGAUCUACAACGUUCGGUGGAAUAGAGUGGCACUAAUCCUGUCUUUCUUUAUUUUAAUCUCAGCUCCAGUAGUUUUUUUCUUCUUAGUUCUUACUUCACUGCUUCAUCUGAUUGCCUUAUUUUAAGGCCAUGUCACUGAACUAGUUUAUAUUUUCAGUGUUAGUUACUAUGGCCACUUCCUUCAUGAUCCAUAUCAUACUGAGUUUAGUGAACUGCUGCUGCAAAUGUAGUUGGCUAGUUGCUGCAUAAACCAUAAAGAGUGCAGAGGGGGUAAUGGCAGAAAUUGACAGGAAAAUAGCAAUAAAAAAUUAUGGGGUGAGAGAGGCUCGAACUCUCGACCUCAGGAUCACUCUUUAGCUAUGAGACCUACGCGCUAACCAACUGCGCCACCACCCCUUGUUGUUUGUAACUUAUUGGUCUCUAUAAU